AUGCAAAUGGAUGAAGAAAAUUAAGGAUUAGUACAUCAAGAUGUGAAGAAACCUAAAGAUCCUGAAACACGUGGCAUUCUAUCCACUAUUUGUUACAUAAUACAACUGAUAAUACUAAUUUUAUUAGUUUUCUUAGUCUUUAAGUAUGCUUUGGCCAAUCAUAAAUAAUCGUCUUAGAUUCCUUAAAUCUAAUAAUUGAAAGUUAAUGAAACAGAAAAUAUUGAUGAUAUUGAUGAUACUGUAGUUUUGGAUAAAGAAGAUUAAGACAUUAUGCAAUUUUUAACAAGUCCUGAAGAUGUUACUUAAUUUGAUAACAUAAUCCCAGAACCAGAAGAAGAAUAAUUUGAAGAAUUAAUAUUUGAAGCUGAACCAUAUAAUGAAGGAUAAUUAUAAGGUUGGUAAUUUAAGAAUGGAUUAACCUUAAUUGUACAAGAAAAAUAAGUAGAAAUAGCCACUUUAUAAUUUGUAAUCUAUCAUGGUUAUCAUGAUGAUGAUUACAAUACAUUAUUUAUGCAUUUAUUAUUGAAACAAUAGUGUUCUUAAGCAUAAUUAAUAGAAAGGGCAUAUAUGAGUACUAUUACUACUCACUUUAAAAACGAAUUAAUGGAAACUUGUAUAAGAAAGUUUGCUGAUUCACUUGUGAGAGAAUAUACAUAAGAUGAUUUGGAUAAUAUAAAUAGUGAAUAAAUUUAAACUAAUGACAUUGAUCUUAUUUUUAAAAUUGAUAGAGUUUUAGAUGCUAUAUCAUUAAAUAAUGAAAUUAUGACAGAACCUAUGUAGAUAUAAGAUUUAUAAAAUUAUAUCGAAUUAAUAUUGGUUUCAAAUCCACUUAGAUUGACAAUAGAAUCUGCAUUAUCAAAUUAAGAAAUUUAUAUGCUUGUUUCAGAUACUUAAUUAUUGUAAAAAGAAUUUGGAACUUCCAUUAUUGAUUCUUGGGAUCUAGAGCCUAUUUUAUAUAAUUAAAUUAGAAUCAAUUCAAAUUAAACAUCAACUAUUUUAAUAUAUCCAGCAAAAUAAGAUGAAUUUUUUAAACAUUUGUUAUUAUAGAAAACACAAAAUUCUUUACAAACAAUUCUUAAAUGUUAAUUUGACAUUUUAGAUUUUGAUUUCUUAGCAAUUAAUAUUUAAGAAUGUGAUGUAGAUAGUAUCACAUUAGCUAAUGCAAUCUAUAAUUUUGGAUCAUUUUUAAAAAGAUAGAAUGAAAAAACAUUAUUAAAUUGUCAUAAAGAUUUUUAUAAUUUAUAAAUACUCUAUUAAAAAUAUAUUGAAGAUAAAGAGUUUUCCAAAAAAGAUUUAAAUGCAAUUAUUGAUAAUAUUUAAUCAGGAGUCAUUAUUAUAUAAUAAGGAUAAUUUAUAUAUCAAGAAUUAAAGACUUUAAACAAAGAAGAUUUCUUAAACUCUAAUUUUGUUAAUAAAAAAAUAUAAUCAAUUGAAUACUCCAAUAUUUUAUUAGAUUAUACUAUUGUUUCUAAUAUAGAUGAGUAAUUAAUUUCAUAAUUAAAAUUACCCAAUCUCUCACAAUAUAUUCCACUUGAAUUACCAAAUUAUAAUUUUUACACUACUAAUGAAAUUGUCCCAAUUAAUAUUACUUUAUAAGAACCCUAACUUAUGAAUGAUUCUCCAAAUGAUAUAGAACCUGUAUAUAAACCUCUUACUCCUUAUAUUCCAUUAGAUUUAGAUCAAUCUUAAAAAAAUUAUUUAAUACCAAUUUUAACACCAUUAUAGAUUUCUUAAGAAUUAUGGUGGCAAUAUGAUAAUCAUACUAAUAGAGUCUUUCUUGGAAUUUUAUUCUAUAAACCAAUUAAUGGUUAUAGCAUUGCAAAAUCAAAAGCAAUUUUGAAAAUUGCCUAAAUGUAUAUAGAACAAUCAAGUUUAGAUGCUAUUUCUGCAGGUUUCAAUUUUUAAGUAGAAAGCAGUUAUAAAGGUCUUUCUUUUAUGUUAUCAGGAUGGAGUCUAACAUUUGAAGCAGUUAAAAAUUAAGUGUUAUCAAAUAUCAAAGAAAUAAAAGAUGAAUCUAAAUUUACAAUAAUAAAAGAAGAUUUAAGAAAUUAAUUUUAAGAAUAUUAUUUUUCUAAAACUUAAUUUUAUUUAGUACAAUAUUGGCUACCAAAAUUAAUGUUGAGACCUGUAAAUGAUCCUGCUGAUAUCAUUAGAGAAUUUUAGGAUUUAAAAUUUAAUGAGUUUUCAUAAUUUUUAACAGAUAUGUUUUCAGAUAUUAAGUAUACAGCAUUCAUUAGUGGUAAUAUUGAUAUACAGAAUGCAAAAUAAUUAGUUUAAGAAUAUCAUCCUAAUGAUAUUGAAACAAUUACAAAAACAUUAUAAAUAAACAAAAAUUUAAUUCAUAUUAUCAAAUUACCAUCCAAAUAAAAAUAAAAUGCAGUAGUAAAAUACUUUUCUGUUGGUAAAAGAGAUUUUCUAACAACAGCUGCUUUAUUAUUAUUAUAAUUACAUUUUGAAUCUUAAUAAACAAUUUAAGUUAGUUUUAAAAGUAUUGGUUGUGUAGAUGGAUUAUUAUUCUAUAAUUAAGGUAUUGAUAGUGUUAUAAAAUUAAAUGAAUAAAUUUAACAAUUAAUAGAAUAACAAAAGUAUGAUUUAAAUAAUUUGAAAGAUCGAUUGAUAUUACAUUAUUCAAAUAAUGAUGAAUUUUUAUGGGAUAAAAUUUAUAAUAGAAAUUAUGCAUUUAAUGUAUGAUUAUAUAAAUAAUAUAUUUAGGAAAUUAAUGAGAUUAAGAAUUAAAUUGAAAAUGUAUAAAUAAGUGAUUUCCAAGGAAUACUUCAGUCAGAAACGUUGAGUAUUUUUGGAGUAACAGAAAGUUCAAAAAUUCCAAAUAUUCCUUCUGGUUAAAAUGAUUACUCAAAGUAAAAAGAAAAAUCAUAUUUUUAAUGUGCCUAUUAAUAUCAGUCCUAAUGA